AAAUGGAACAAUUUCCAAAAAAAAAAUCUUAUAUUCUCCCCACGGCGCACCCUUUCCCCUUCUCUUCGCCAUUCCGCCUUUCCCCUGCCCGCCGACCUCAACGCCACUGGCCGAGAUCACCGCCACCCAACGACGGUAUAUAUUGCAUCAUCAGCAGUGAUCGAACUCAGGUGAAUUACAAUCUUAGUUUCUUAGAUUUGGUGAUUAUGGGAGGUCAUGGAGGUUUAAAUAUUCUUCCCCAAAAGCGAUGGAAUGUGUAUAACUAUGAGAACAGAGAGAAAGUACGGCGAGAUGAAGAAGCAGCAGCCAAAGAAGAACAGCUUAAACGCGAGCAGGCUAGGAAACGGGACGCUGAGUUUCGUCUCGAGCAGCUUCGUACCGCACGGGGUUUAGCUGCGGUAAUUGACACUGCAAAGCCUGUAGAAACAGAUCUGAAACCUGGUCACAUAAAUCUAUUUGAAGGCAUCAAGAUUUUUGACCCAGUCAAGGGUUCAGAAAAUGGGGGAGUUGAAGAUGGGUCUAAGAGGAAGAGGAUGAAGAAGGAAGAAGUCGAAAAAAAGGUCAUCACACCUGAAGAUGAGAAGUAUAAGUUAGGUUAUGGUGUUGCUGGAAAAGGAGUCAAAUUGCCAUGGUACCUUGAGAGGCCCGGCAAGGAUGAUGCCGAGAGUGACGAAAAUGAUGGAUCUUCGAGAGUAGGGAGUGGAAAUGUAAAAAAGGGAGAAAAGAAGACAUUGGAAGAAUUGAGGGCCGAGCGUCUGAAACGAGAACAGAAGGAGAAGGGAAGGGAGCGUGCUUUAAUCGCAGGCCGGAAGAGUGGAACAGCUUCAAGGGAAGGAGAUUCAUCUUCUAGGAGGUGGAAAUCCAGAAGAUAAAGACGUAGGUUUUCUGGAUUAUGAUAUCAUCUUGGUUUUAGCUCAGUUUUUGAAGGAUGCUGACUUCCGAGUAUAAUGAGAUAUCGUUUCAAGUGCAAAUCCCAUGUGCAAACUCUAAAGAGGAUUGCUUUAUGUUCAAAGGCCUCCCGAAAAACUUGAUACCGUGGCUAAAAUUUAUGCCUAGUGAAAUUUGUAAUUUGCAGUUCAUUUGGACAAGAUUUGUGUACAUAGAAGGUAACGUUCAUCAUUGAGAUACCAAUGACCAUGACCAUAUCAAUUCUUUCUCCCCUCACCUUGGUCGGCUUGUGCAAGAUCUUUGUAAAAACAUUAUGGUUGUAAUAGCUCUUUCGGUUGUUACUUGUGAUGUUGUCGAUGUUCUUGCAAGUCAAAA